GGUUAUCGCGUAGCGUACGCCGGCGGUGCGACGAGCGACACAAAACCAAGAGCCAACACGCGUCACAUUUCAUCGCGAAUAUCCGUCGCGGUUGCGUUGCAAAUCGAACACUUGGCCGCGAUAAAAUACAUCGUUCGCGCGAUCAUCGAGGGGUCAAACCGAGAUACAAUGAGAUUGUGGUUGGUCGUGUCGGCCAUGGUGGUCCUGACGAUGGACACCCGUGUUCGCGCAAGGAUCCUCUCAGACUGCGAGGCCAUGCACGAGCUACAACGAGCCGGGAUCUCCAGAACUUACAUCAGCACUUGGAUAUGCCUGAUGCAAAACGAGAGUGGAAUGAACACGCAGCUGGUGACUGGCCCGAAAAGGGCCUCCAGCUACAGCUUCGGCAUCUUCCAGAUCAACAGCGCCAAAUGGUGUUCCAGGGGACACUCGGGUGGCAUAUGCAACAAACGGUGCGAGGACUUCGCGGACGACAACAUACAGGACGACAUAGUUUGCGCGAAAACGAUCAUGGACCGCGAGGGAUUCAAGUCUUGGGACGGCUGGAUGAAGAACUGCAAGAACAAACCGUUACCGAACAUCGCCAAGUGCAGACGAUAACGACGAACGCGACGACAUCUAUCACUUUGCAUCAUUCGAGGUUAUCGAACUAGUGGGUGAUGGUUCCGUAACGUUUAUAUGGGUUAAACUCGGUUUAUCCGUAUUCGUGCUGCUCCUCGAAUCGGUUCGUACAACGAUGGGAUUUCGAUCGCUUCGAAUCUCUAAAAUAUCAAAGUACUCCGAAAUCUUGAUCGUCUUGAAAGUCUUACGAGUCAAACAAUACAUAUUUAUAAUAGCUAUAUCUUCCCAGAUUUUCUUUUGUUUAUCAAUAAAAAUGCAUCAACAGAAGCAAUGAAAGAAAUUUACAAUUAUUGACGUUAUCAAGACUUUCAACGCCCCUAAGGCUUGAGAUUUUUAACAUCGAAUCCUACUUGAAUCUGUGUUGCAGCACGCAAAAAGAUUCGAAGAAAUGCGAAACGAUUAAUAAUCUACGGAUUAUCCCCUCUACUAGCGUUUAUCCGAUCGCUCGAGCAGGUACCGUGACGACGUUAAUUCCGACAAACAGAGUUCUAACGUUCGUUUCGUUAGUGGAAUUGGAGUAUGGAAAUUGAUGAGAAAGAAUGACAUUUAAAAAUAAUCGAAAGCAACACUGUUCGAUGUUUGCGAGCCCAGUGCGAAGUUCACGAGCGUGGUACCGGUCGGUUUCUAACCGAUAAGGAUAAUCGAAAUAUUUAUACACAGAUGCGGUUAUUUUUACAUGCAUUUGAAUACGAAUCGAUGAAAUAUAUCUUCGCGCUAGCUACCAGACGCUUCGAACAUUUCCGACUCGCACAAUUUAUUUGUUUGUUAUAGCGAUAAUUUCUUCGUUGCUUGUAAAAAGUGCCAUAUACGUAUCCGAUAAGUCUCUUAUCGCGUUUUUGCUCGUAGAGCGAAGCAGGUAAUUGUUAAGUUCUGUAAUACUUUUAUCUACCACUUCUUGGAACGCUCGAAGAGAUUGCCGUUUGAAAACAGUAGGAGAGGCCAUCAAAAUGGAAAUGAUACGGCACAGAUGCGUAAACAAUAUUCAGCCCAUAAAAUACAUUGUACAAAAUACAUACACCCACUCUAAUUUAAAUAUCUCAAACCAAAUUUACAUUCACGAACAAAAUUCUUCGAUAAUGAACAUGAAUAAACAUAGAAUCAAGAACCAGUCGAAAGAUAAAAUCCGAAUACUAUUACGCAAGAUGCUACAACUUCUUCGAGGCUAAAUGUUAAAUAGCCUGUGUUUAAAAAUCCAAAGUCACUCGAGAUUUUAAUAAGAGUAACUCGACGAAACUUCGAAUGUAUCUGUUUAAAUAAAUUUUAUAUUAA